CCUAAUACCGGACCCGUCAAAAAUUACAAAUGUCACAUUUGUUUUGCAACUUUGCAGUCUUUUGUACCUACAUUGCUCGUAGCACACCAAUUUCAGCUGUAAACUCAUGUUAUUAGAGUUGUUCUUCCUCUAAAAGAAGGUUAGAAACUGUUGUCGUUGUUCGUUGUAAAUUUGUAAUUUUUAGCAACUCCUCAGACCAAAUAAAAGUUAACGUUAACUCUUUCAAUUUGAAAGAAAAAUUAAUUCUUGGUGUUUAUCGUGUUUCUUUUUUAUUAAUCAGCCGCUUCUUCUUUCAGCUAAGAUUAUCUAAAAUAAAUCUUUUCAAACAAUAAAAUAAAUAUCUCCAACACUGCAGAAUUAAAUCCAGUUUUUAUUUGGUGACCUUGCUCAUUAUCAUACCGCUCAAAUUCACGUUGUAUGAAUAUAAAUUCAUUUUAUUUGUUAUCAGCUUGUCUUGUUCAGUAUAGAUAUUCAUUUUCGGUGUGAUAAACGUUCGUAAUGGCUUCAGGCGCUCUUCGUAAUACUUCUAAAUUGGGACUAUCCUCUUUAAAAUGGCCAAGGACAAUGUUCCCGCAAAGUCGAGCUUUCAGUGCACAUCUGACAGAGACUCAAUGUGCAGUUCAAGAUAUGACGCGAAAAUUUACUGAAGAAUACCUGAAACCAAAGGCAGGUCAGCUAGACUUAAAUGGACGAUUUCCUUUUGAACCAAUCAAGAAAUUGACUGACCUUGGGCUUAUGGGAGCAACUGCAUCUGAAGAUAAUGGUGGCAUGGGCCUUGACUACUUGUCUCUGGCUGUGGCCAUUGAGGAGUUAUCGCGAGGCUGUGCCAGCACUGGCAUGAUACUCGCCAUUCACAACUUCUUAUAUGUGAACCUGGUCAAUGAAAGGGGCACUUAUGAACAGAAAGAGCGGUUUCUUAAUAAUUUCACAAAUGGAGGACGUAUAGGAUGUUUCGCGCUCAGUGAACCAGAGGCGGGCAGCGACGUCGCAAACAUCAAGACUACGGCUACCAGUGAUGGUGACUACUGGGUUCUGAACGGGAAGAAGAGCUGGGUCACUUCUGGCGUGGAGGGGUCCGCUACCGUAGUGUUUGCCACCUGCGACCCUGCGCUCAGGCAUAAGGGGCUAGCUUGCUUCUUGGUGCCACUCGACGCUGAGGGAGUGUUCAGAGGAAAAAAAGAGUCACUGAUGGGGGUCAGGGCGUCGACCGCAUGCGAUCUGACACUGGCGGAGGUGCGGAUCCCUAAAAAUAACCUCGUGGGAGAGGUGGGGGAAGGGUUCCGGAUAGCGAUGGCGCAGCUCGACCAGGCGAGAGUCGGCAUCGCUGCACAUGCUGUUGGUAUAGCACAGGCUGCUUUGGACACAGCCAUCAAUUACGCCAAAGAGCGUGUGGCCUUCGGGAAAUGCUUGACAAGACUACCUUCUGUUAAGGAUCGUCUAACCGACAUGUGCAUACUGAUCGAAUCAGCUCGCCUACUUACUUAUCGCGCGGCUACGCAAGUCAGCACUAAAAACAGCGCGAUGGCCAAAUAUGUAGCGGGGAAGAACGCAGCCUUAGUAGCCGACCAUUGUGUACAAAUACUGGGGGGAAGAGGCCUGAGCACCAACUACCCUGCCGAGAGGCAUUAUAGGGACGCCAGAGGCACUCAGAUCUAUGGCGGCGUGACUGACAUCCAGAAGAGACUGGUCGGACACUACUUGUUGAAGGAGAACGACGCGCUAUGACCUCGCACCGACAAGUUCAAACUAGUCCCUACACAAACUGUAAGACUGUCCCAUUUUUUUAGUCAAACUUAAUUCAAACGAGGAAAUUCCAUUGACUCAUCGUCCAAUAUUUUAAAGAGAAAUGAGCCUUUUGUAUAUACGUAUAUUUAUGCAUUUAUAAGCAUUGUGUAACCUAUGUAAAAGUCUAAAAUGAAAUGAUAGUGUUCGUUAGAUAACUGUAACUUUUGUACUUAAUCUAUAUAACACAGAUAAUGUGUAUAAACAAAUUAAACAUUCAUUCUAUUCGUAAUACAAACGUGAUACUUUAAUUCUAUUCUAGGCUUAAAUGAAACGCAUAACAAAAUAACUAGCUAAAAGCGAAGAAAUUAUGCAUACUUUUACGAAUUUUUACUACUGUGAUGCGUGUAUUGUUUCAACGCCAUCUGUUUGUGUCCUCAGGAAUCACAAUUAAUCGAAAUUUGGUAACACAGUAUUUAUAAUGCGAUUCAACUAAGAAUAGGACCGACUGGACAACAUAUUGUGAUGUCAUAGCUGUCAAUUCAAACCAAAUAGGUAGAGUGGGCAAAAAAAAGCUUUUAUUUUAAUAAAACUUAUUUAUUAAGAUUAAGUGAGAAAAAGCAUCAGAUUUGUUAAUGACAUUUAUUUAUUUAGAUUGACAAAACAAAAACCACCGAUUUUUAAUAAUAUUUAUUUAUUAUGACUGUGAGAAAAAACAUUAAUCAGAAUCUAGCUCUUACCGCCGGAGUAGUUAUGAAUAAUCAUGCACUAUUACUAGGUCACAUACGAACAUGCAUCCUUUAUGUAAACGAAAGUUUGAAAUCGAGUUUCUGACCGCAACUUAAAGUGACAUUUGGUUGACGAUUUAGGUUAUCAACCAUUAAUGGCCAAAGCUCAGUUAGUGAAAAAAAUAAAAUAACAACCGAUAUUAUUUAUCAAUAUUUGUUAUUGUUUGUUUACAAAUGUUUGGUUUUUAUUCUUGAAUUAGCGGAGUGCUAAAAAAGGGUUCCAAGUUUUUUUUUGCAAACCGUACUUUUCAAGCAACAUUUGACAGAUAGAGGUCUUUGGCUUUCCUAUUCUUAUUUGAAUCGCAUUAUACUAGCACCAUUUCGUACAGAUCGAUUCCAUUUAGUUAUUUGCAAUUUCUCCGAUUAGAUUUUAUGAUAUAAAAUCGUUGCAGUUGUAUCAAGGGUGCGCGUGAGUGAUUAUUAUAUAUGGAAUUCAUGAAACGGAUACGAUCCUGGUUCUCAACAUUUUUAAACUCUCGAUGUAUAGAAAUUAGCAUUCUAAUGAACUACACACAGAUAAGUUCCGAUCGCAAUAAAGUCAUAGAAAUUUUUGAAACAGGCAACACUACUUUUUACCUGAAGAAGUAGAUUGCCAUAUGAAAAAUAAGAAGAAAGUAUAGCUCUCACCCAUGAGGUAAUGAAUUGAAAAACAUGACGCAAGACAUUCUGUCCCUGUCGCGCAUUAACCUGACAUAUUUGCAUUUACAAUUUAUAUAUAUAUAUAUAUAUACUCUAUUCCGCCAAUAUGUAUAAACUUAUGCUAAAUACUGUUUAAAAAUUGCAUUACUAAAACUCAUAAAGUGUUAUUUUAUAUUUCCAUCAUUUAUGUUUUUUUAGCAAUAUGUUAAGCGAUAUAUCAUAUUUUCAAAGAAAUUUUGUUGAAUUCAGUAAAUGUACUGAUUUUCUUUAAAACUUAACGUUUACGUUUCUUAAGAAUGCCUUAAAUAUUCGAUAUUCUUCCUUAAAAGUAUUUUGUCAACUGGGGAGCUUUCCGCAACA